CUUGGUGUUUCCAAUAAAAAUUCAAACUUGAAAAAUUUUAAGUCCACGUUGGCCGCGCCAAUGCUUUCUCAUGUUUUCGAUUUGAUCCGGCUCAGAACUUCGUCGACCUAUGCCAGUUUAGAUCUUGUCGUUUGUUGCUCAGUCAAAAUUAUAAAUUGUGAAAAAAACGUAUAUUUUACGUACAUUUUACCCUUUUUAUACCCUCCAACUUUGAUAUUGAACUAAAUCGUUUUAAGUAAAAGCAAACCGUGAAUCCAACAAUAUGGGCGACGAAGGCGGCGGUGGCGGUCACAGCAAGGACCUCAAGGGCUUCCUCACGGACUUCAUGAUGGGCGGCGUUUCGGCGGCGAUCGCCAAGACUGCGGUGGCGCCCAUCGAGCGGGUGAAGCUGAUCCUGCAGGUGCAGGAGGUGUCCAAGCAGAUAGCGGCCGACCAACGCUACAAGGGCAUAGUCGACUGCUUCAUUCGCAUUCCCAAGGAGCAGGGAUUCUCGUCGUUCUGGCGCGGCAACUUGGCCAACGUGAUCCGGUACUUCCCCACACAGGCCCUGAACUUCGCCUUCAAGGAUGUGUACAAAUCGGUCUUCCUUGGUGGCGUGGACAAGCACAAGCAGUUUUGGCGCCACUUUGCUGGUAAUUUGGCCUCUGGCGGUGCAGCAGGUGCCACAUCUUUAUGCUUUGUAUAUCCUUUGGAUUUCGCUCGAACCCGCUUGGCCGCCGACGUGGGCAAGGGUGGCAAUCGGGAGUUCAACGGCCUGAUCGACUGCCUGAUGAAGGUGAUGAAGAGUGACGGCCCCAUUGGCCUGUACCGCGGCUUCAUUGUCUCGGUGCAGGGCAUCGUCAUCUACCGGGCCGCCUACUUCGGCUUCUACGACACGUGCCGCGACUUCUUGCCGAACCCCAAGAGCACACCGUUCUACGUGAGCUGGGCGAUUGCCCAGGUGGUGACCACCGUGGCCGGCAUUGCGUCCUACCCCUUCGACACCGUGCGCCGGCGCAUGAUGAUGCAGUCGGGGCUGAAGAAGUCCGAGAUGAUCUACAAGAACACGGCCCACUGCUGGGUGGUGAUUGCCAAGCAGGAGGGCAUCGGCGCCUUCUUCAAGGGCGCCCUAUCGAAUAUCAUCCGCGGCACUGGCGGCGCCCUAGUGCUCGCCAUCUACGACGAGAUGAAGAAGUACCUUUAGCAGCCAAGCAGCCUUUGUGCCGACCUUCUGCAUCAUGAUGAGCCGCACCAGCGAAGAUGCCCCGCCGGCAGAAUGCCCUUCCCCUUUUGCAGCGAAGGAUUGGGGCCGCCAAUAAAUUAAAAUGAUUUGAUGGCAGGUGGUAAGAUCACUACUGCCCCUCCUCCUCUCAUUUUGUAUUCGCAUUGGUUGAGAAAAUACAAAUAAUUUAUUGAACUUAAAUCUUUGUUGCGCUCUUGUUUUUUUUUCUUCGCGUUUUUCUGUUUUGUUUUUUUUUUUGUUUUGUGCAUGUGUUUAUUGUCUAGGGUGGGCCGCUUUAAGCAAACAUCCUCCAAGUAUUUGAUACAAAUUUGUAUCAUUCUAGAAUGCUAGCACUUUUGUUAACUGAUUUAAACUGCGAUUUCUUCAAUUGUCUUAAAAGUCGUUAAGUUAAAAAAAGACCUAAAAAAUACGUUUUUCGAAAUAGUUUUCGUGGGACUGUUUUACCUAGUUUCAUUUUAACAUUCAAUAGUUAAUUCAAUACUUUUUCAUCCUCUAGAUAUUAUCUAUUAAUCUUUAAAAACUAAGAUUUAUAAAAUUAUUAUUUCAUGGACAUCUCUAUUUUAACAUUUUCAAUUUUAAAGACUGAAAUCAAUAUUUCCGAAAUAAUUUUCGUAGGACUAUGCUAGGUUUACUUAGUUUCAGAAAAAAAUAUUUAGUAGUUAAAAAAGCAUUUUUCCGCGCUCAAAAUAUUUUCUAUUAAUCUUCAAAAUUUGAGAUGUAAAAAGUAAUUAUUUCUUUGACUGCUAUGUACUAAUUUCAAUUUCUUUGGAGGGUCCACCCUAGUCUUUCUCGUAGAUGUGUUUGUGUGCGGGUUGGUUUUAACUUAAAUGUUAGUUAGGCAUUAAAAUAACAUUAAAAACACAUCAAGACAUGUCGAUUUGCAUGUGUCCUCUCGCAUAAAUUAACAACAAAAACACGAA